AAGGUAGAGACGUUAUAUCCGACAUUCGAGAAGGCGACAAGACGGAAAUUAAUAUUAGAUUCAUUGGUACUCCACCCUUCCGAUUUACCUAUACCCGAAGAGAAUUGCUGAUUAACGGUAAAGAACGUAAACCAGGUCGGAUAUUGGAAACACAAACCGUUAUGAAUAUUCACAAAUAUAAUCAUUCGAUUUACACUUCACAACAAGGUAUUUUUCAGGUCAUACAUGUGGGAGAUCAGUACUGCGAGUAUCCACGGAGUUUUGAUAUUUUGCAUUAG